AUGGCGCAUUCAGAUCAGUCACCCCAGACGGCCAUGUCGGGCUUCCUCGACUCAAUGAAACAGGAGUCCUUGUUUGGCCCGGCACAGUAUCCUGAGAGUGUUGCGUUUUGGCACGAUCCCUCCACGGCACCUACGAUGAUAGUACCCCCUUCAUAUACCUCCCAGAAACAAUCGCUGUUCCAACCUCUCUCGGACCAGAAGAAGCACAAACGCACCCGAAGCGGCUGCUUUACCUGCCGUUCGCGCCGGAUCAAGUGCGACGAGAACCGUCCAGUCUGUGAACGGUGUAGGAAAGGCAGCCGCGAUUGUGUGUAUCCGUCACCCACCGCGUCCACAUCCAAGGCUAGCUCACGCACUACAGCCAAGUCGCGUGCUGGUCGCCCGCAGUCGCACGGCAGCGAUUCACCUAGGAAAUUAGACUCCGAGACUCUCAGCCCCUUGCAGCCCAUCAUCGACGAAGAGGAACCCGACAAUGCUGUGUCCGAAUACCGACCGUCGCCAGCAAGCGGUACAACCACAUCACAACCGGAUCUGCGUAAGAGUCAAAGCGCACAAUCUCUUCGGAAACACAAUGCAAGGCCCUCGUCCGAUACUAGUUCUUACAUCAAAGAUCAAAGUAGUUCGCCGUCAGCCGAGUCGCGCUUUGAAUCGAUGAGCGUGCGCUCGGGCAGCCUGGGACAUUCCACAACAGAAUUGCUCAACAACGCGCGCCUACCAGACGAUCUGCGAUUUUAUUUAAAUUUCCAGCAAGAUUUUAUGACUCCUCCGCAUUUCUUCUUGAGACAGGGUUGCUCCCAUUUCAUCCACCACAGCCUUGUCGAACUUGCCUUGCACUAUGAGCCUCUCCUCUACGCCCUCGUGGGCUUUUCGGCCUACCACCAUUCUUUACACAGCCCUGGGGGAACGAUCUCCAAAUUUUUGAAAUACUAUAAUAAAGCCUUGGUCCUCCUCCGGAAAUCAUUGGGCUCUGGAGAGGAGCACAGUGAGGCGACACUGUGUACCGUUCUUGUCCUGACAACAUUUGAGGAAUACAUCGGCGACUGGGUGAACCUGAUCGAUCACCACCAGGCGGCCCAUGCACUCAUGCGAGAGCUAAUCACACCAGAGUCCGCCAACGUGAACGAGCUACAUACUAGUAUCUUUUUAUGGUACUCGCGCUUCGAUGUAGUCGUGGGAAUUUUGGGCGGCACCGAAACAGUCCUCGGUCGAGACUGGUAUCUUGCAAAGGAGCAGUAUGAUGCUGAGCAAGCUGCCAUCUAUCCAGAUGAUCCAUCCAAACAACUCGCCCUUGUCGCAUCAAUCAACCGACGCUUCGGCUUGGAUAUGGCUUCCCUCUAUGCAAAGUUAUCUCGCGGCAUGAUAUCAAUAGAAAACUUCGCCAUCCAGAACGAGAACCUGGGCCAGUGGCUCGAGCAGGCCAAGACGAUUCUAAGGGGAUUCGAUGAUUACGAAUACAAAGUGCAAGAGUACCCGCAGAAGCAGCCCUUGACUAAAGAUGACGUUACCGAUCCAUACGUGCCAGGUGGCUUGCAUCGUGGUGCCUUGUGGGAUUUCAAUUAUGCUUGGGUCGACAUCAUCGCCACCGAGUUAAUGUACAAGUUCCAGACCAUGCAAGUCCUGCAGCUGCCUUUGCUUGAAGAAUUGCACGACUUGGCCAAAGAGCUGUGCCGCCUAAUGGAGACGAUGAUUCGCUGGCCUUACAAGGAAAAUGGAUACUGCAUGAAUUUCAAGAACAGCAUAGGCAUGGUUAGCAUGUUUCUUCCCAGGGAGCAUAAGUAUCAAAUGUGGUCCCGCCGCACGUUGGCAUUGUUGGAGCAACAUGGGUACAUCAUCGCACCUAGUUUCCGCACCGGGCUCGCUACCAUCUGGCAAGCUCCAGAGGUUCACCAUUGGUGGCUCCCUAAUGAUGAAGGACUCACAAGCAUUGUCCGUGAGAUUCGUUCCUUGACCAGCGAACGCACAUCACGGCCACAAGAUGAGAUGCGCGCGAAUGUUCGUGAUAUGAAAUCUCUUUUCGGGGGUUUGAAUCUGGAUGACAACGGUGACAACCAGAGCCCUUCAUAG